AGCCGCCGAUUUAAAGUUAUUUUAUUAUGGCGGUUAUUUCGCCGAUAAUGUUUCAAUCACAGCAUUUUAAUGACUUUCCCUCAAUAGGUUUUAGUAUUUCCCCCUCAAAAUUUAAGACUCCCUCCAGAAUUUGCUAAGUCUGGAAUUCCCCCAAUUUAACUCCUUCCCUUAAUAGUUAAUAGGUCUACGUUUCUCUUUCCCCAAUUCCUUCCCCCAAUUCAUUCUAUUUCCCCCAAUUUCCCCGAUUCGUUAUAUUUUCUAACUUUAGAUUCUUCUAUUUUUCCCAGUCUGUUUCUCCAGCUAGAAGAAUCGAGAUUCAAAUCAGAAAAAGUACAUGAAAUUCGUUUAGCAGCUUCAAUAAUCUUCAGGUAGCCGAGGGAUCAAAAACUGCUGGUGAAGCUAUUGGAAUCGACGUCGACAGUUAGACAUUUGAUAGAGAUGCCGAAGCAAAAUAGGGUUAAAAAUCAAUUCAAAUCAGUCAAAGAGAGAUCUUCACUUGUUCCGGGGCAGUCAUCACAGGCUCAAGCUUCAUCUUCAACAUCUUAUCGAGUCUCUUUACAUCCUACACUGCCUACACAACCUACACGACCUGUUAUUUCAGUUGAUGGAGUCUCUUCGCAGCACGUUGUUCUAUCUUCAUCAUCUGAUGGAGUCUCUUCGCAGCAUGUUGUUCCAUCUUUAUCAUCUGAUGGAGUAUCUUCUCAGCCUGCCAUUCCAUCUUCAUCAUCUGAUGUAGUCUCUUCACGGCAAACUAGACACACUACUAGUGAUGAAGAGCCCCAUUGGUUUGUCGAUGCUAUAGAUAAACAUCAAGUAAUAGCAACAAUUGUGGAUCAACUUCCUCAUACUUGUGAGGCAACAAUUGUAAAAUUUGGAAAGAAAGAAGAAGUAUGACUGUCCGAGCAGUAUAAUGACUGCUUAUUUUGAGUGUGGGAACCUCAAAACUGAGUUCUGCCAAACCCGCAGACUUUAGAUGAAAUCUGUUGCCUGAUGUGCACGUAUACACCAACUGUUUUUCAUUUCGCUCGUAAAAAAAGAGUUAAUCAUUCUUUUUGUUCAAGCAUAAAGUAUUCGAGCUGAUGGCUCGAAUCUGUUCUGUUCUCUUUGUGUAUAGUCUAAGGAGUUGAGGGCUAAACAGUGCAAGAAAAACAAAAUUAUUAUGACAAUGUGUAUACAGAAGACAGCCAAGAAAGAAAAGCGUUAAUGUCUUGUGCUACUAGGCAACAAGUAGUAGCUGAAUAUUGCAACUUAUUUUCUUGUUUUUCCGUUAUAUUCUCUGUUGUAUUUGGUUUCAAUAUAGAAUGAAGUUUCCACAGCUAUUUCUUUUUCUU